AUGUUUGUUCUCCUCAAAACCAUCAUCAUUUUCUCACAAUUUCCAUAUUUGGGUGUGGUCGGCAAAGAGGAGAAGCCCGCUGUGAAGCGGGCGAGCCUCAAAAAUAUCGCGUCGAUUUUAAAAACUGUCAUCGAUCAUGAUGAGGUCAAACAUUCGCCAUUCUACAAGGAUGAUGUUCUGAAGAUACCCGUGAAUGAGGAUGACACUAAUGAGUUGCUCGAACACUGGGCAGAACAAGCAUUUUCCGGUUUAAUUGCCGCAUUGGCGACAAAACGAUUGAAGCUUGUCGAGCCUUACGACCAAGAACGCUAUGAAAAAUGCGCGUCGAAAUCCGACGACAUCCAAAGCCACGCAAAAUGUUUCGUUGAGCUUGAAUUCGACACACUCAAGAAUCGAUGGCUGAAACGAAGAAGGUAUUUCAAAAAGGAGGAGAUUCAAAAGAGGAUGAGGCGGAAGAAGGAAGAGGAGGAGGAGGAUCAAUGGAUCGGAUCAUUCCUAAUAAAUUCAAGGAAAAAGCGCGAAGUGAAAACGCGAAGUAGUUACGAGCUCAAAUCGCAAAACGAGAAAUCGCGUUUGGGGUUGAUUGGAAAACACUUGGGGAAUAUUGUGCGAAUUGUUAAGAAUAAAGAGACAAUUCCAAAAUGGCAGAAUGUGGUUGAAAGAAUCAAAGAAGAAGCUUUCCAAUUAAAGCAGAGAAAACGAGCGAGACAAUUUAUGAGCAAGAGGAUGAAGGUGUUCAAAGAUGCGCCGGAGUUAAGAAGCGAUCAGAAGCCGAAGAAGCGGAUGAAGCAGCUACCCGGUGAUCUUAGGAAAUUCGAGGAGUUCAUUCAAGACGACGAGCUUCGCGAGAUGUUCCACGACGCCGCUUCGAAUAUGACGGACGAUGAGAGAAUCGCCAUGAUUCCUGUUAAUAUUGUGAGGGAGGCGACGAAAAUCGGCCUGAAAAUGGCCGGCGUCAACUCGACGGAUCUCGACAAUAAAUCGCUCAAGCUUAUCAGCCCAAGAUUUUUUAGUGUCGUGCCCGAAGACGAGGAGAAUACCAAAAACGAGCUCGAUCUUCUCUCUCCCUCAUUGUUCGCACUUCAUGAUGCGAGCGGCGGCGAAGGUGUCGAGCGGAACACCUCAUUAAGCAGCCUAAUCGGGCAUGCGAUGUCCAAAUCCGAUUCGCAGCAAUUCAUCGACGUGCUAAUUGAACUGACCGGGGUCACCGAAGCCGUCGAGAACGCCGAGGAAAAGGUGCUUCGUUCGAUGCGACAACGCGAUGAUGUUCGAGGACCCGAUGGGCAGCCAUUGUUCUUCACGAAACAGAACAUCACGAAAAUGUAUCCGGAUGAGGUGGGCAAAAUUGAGCUGUUCGAGAAGCUCGACAAAAUGUUCACCGCCGAGCAAAUGAGAGACAUGAAUCGAACCGGCUACACAAUUAUGACGAAAGAGCAGCGAAAUCUAUUUUACGGACCGAAAUCCGAAUUUCGGAAUCCGAGGCUUCUCUCAAAAGUCGACAACAUGACCAGGGCUCAGAUCAACAAAGAGAUAUUGCAAUCGAUCAAAGACAUUGGUGAUGAGAAAAUCAAGUUCGAGGUUCGCAAAAAGGACAUCGUGCUCACUCCGCUGGUACUCCAAUCCGUUAUCAAUGCUCCAUCAGUGGCUUCCCAACCGUUAAUCCUCUCUCCCGCUGUGCUGACGCCAGUCAUCCAGUCUCCAGCCAUCUACGGUGUUGUGGUCCUUUCUCCAUGGUUGUUCGUUCCUCUGAUCCUCUCGCCUCGUAUCCUCAGCCCAGUGAUCCUCGAUCCAUUCCUUUUCGUUCCCAUCGUCCUUUCCCCGUUGGCUCUCGAUCCGGUGGUCCUCUCGCCGGGUGUCUUCAAUCCCGUCAUCCUGUCCCCUCUGCUCAUGGACCCAUUCAUCCCCUCGCCGCAAGUGAUGACCCCCAUCAUCCUCUCCCCAUUCUGUAUGACCCCCCUUAUCGUAACCCCCCUAGCUCUUUCUCCAUUGAUCCUCUCCCCAUUCGUGCUCUCCCCUCAAGUUCUCUCUCCCCAAUUUGUCACCGCGUUCAUCCUCUCCCCUUCAGCUCUUUCCCCGCCAGUUGGUUCUCCGGGAGUCUUGACCACCGCUGUACUAUCACCAAGUUUACUAUAA